AUGGUGAGUCAAGCUGAAAAUAGAGAAUCGAUUAGGGAGGAUGAAGCUGAACUGGAGCUUCGCAGACUCCGAGAAGUUGCCAAGCUUGCGGCUAUAUAUCACAGCGGCGAAAGAAAGUUUCAGAGAAGAACGGAUCUUUCGCACGUCGUGCACGCCAGUCUACACUUUGUUCAACUCGUGUUCACAUCGGCUAUCGAAGUGUUUCAUCAUGUGCAUCACUAUAUGAACAAACGUGCACGAGAAAAAGAUGAUACAGUCCCAUCAUUGCCGGAAGAAAGAAACCCCAUUUUCUUCGUGUAUCCUAUCUGCAUGUUGCUGAGCCUUGUUCUUAUGAUCCUUUGGCUUGUUAAAAAGAUACUUCCCGACAGGCCUAUAAUACCUCUCACAAUAUGCGCGUCAGGAGCUAUUCUGAUGCUUGUGACAGGAAUAAUGGAGAUGAAACACGCCGAUAUGUACAUCGAUGUUACUGAAUUUACUGACGAAGAAAUAUUGGAGCAUCCUAUCUUCAUUCAUAACUUUGUAAUGUGCAUAUUAUCGAUCUUCGUUAUGAGUCUGUAUCUAAUUCAAACGUGGGUUCUUUUCGACCAAUGGCAGUGGGUGCGUGGGCAUAAGCAAUUAUUCAUUCGGGAUACAUCGGAUGAUACGCGAAGUUCCAGUUCUACUAGCGCAGACGAAAGUGAUCAUUCCAUAACAGAAGAAAAAAUUGGCGUACACGAUUCCGAUAUCGGAGAACUGCCACCGAUUCCUACCCUGAAAGAAUUGACCGCUCUCGCUGCAAUCGCUGAUAGUCCGGAUAUGGACGACGAACCGAUACUUUAUUGCUGCUUCGUCGACUGGUACAAUUAUAUUAAAAUGAAAAUGGAAAGUAAACCAAAGCAUGAGUUCCAAAUAAUUCACGUCAUGUAA